AUGGAUGUGUGUGGCUGGAAAGAAAUGGAGGUUGCUCUCGUUAAUUUUGAUAACUCAGAUGAAAUUCAGGAAGAGUCAGGUUACUCCACUGAUUUUGACCCCAAAGGCCGACUAGGGAGCAGCCCUUUCCCUAACUGGAAGCUCCUGGUUAGUGACAGUACCCAUCAUGAGACUACCUUUGCCAAGCUCCCAGGAGACUACAUUGACCCCCCAGGACCCGAGCCACUCAUCUUGAGUGAAGGAGACCAGCGGGUGAUCAUCAAUAUUGCUGGGCUGAGGUUCGAGACCCAGCUCAGGACCCUCAAUCAGUUUCCAGAGACUCUUCUGGGAGACAGGGAUAAAAGGAUGCAGUUCUUUGACUCCAUGAGGAACGAGUACUUCUUUGACAGGAACCGGCCCAGCUUCGAUGGGAUUCUCUAUUAUUAUCAGUCAGGCGGGAAGAUCCGGCGCCCCGCCAAUGUCCCCAUCGAUGUCUUUGCAGAUGAGAUCUCUUUCUAUGAGCUGGGGAGUGAAGCCAUGGACCAGUUCCGGGAGGAUGAAGGCUUCAUCAAAGACCCAGAGACCUUGCUUCCCACCAAUGACUUCCACCGGCAGUUCUGGCUCCUCUUCGAAUAUCCCGAGAGCUCCAGUGCUGCCCGUGGUGUGGCUGUGGUCUCUGUGCUGGUGGUGGUCAUCUCCAUCACCAUUUUCUGCCUGGAGACCCUCCCGGAGUUCCGAGAGGAGCGGGAGCUGAAGGGGGUGAGGGAUCCCAGCCUCCACACCAGCAAGAUGCCCCUAUCCCACACUAUGUUCAGCGACCCCUUCUUCAUGGUGGAGUCCACCUGCAUUGUAUGGUUCACCUUUGAGCUGGUGCUGCGCUUUGUGGUCUGCCCCAGCAAGACUGACUUUUUCAAGAAUAUCAUGAAUAUCAUUGACAUCAUCUCUAUCAUCCCCUACUUUGCUGCCCUCAUCACGGAACUGGUACAGGAGACGGAACCCAGUGCCCAGCAGAACAUGUCCCUGGCCAUUCUGCGGAUCAUUCGGCUGGUGCGCGUCUUCCGCAUCUUCAAGCUCUCCCGCCACUCCAAGGGGCUGCAGAUCCUGGGGCAGACGCUCAAGGCCUCCAUGCGGGAGUUGGGGCUGCUCAUCUUCUUCCUCUUCAUUGGGGUCAUCCUCUUCUCCAGUGCCAUCUACUUCGCCGAGGUGGACGAGCCCGAAUCACAUUUCUCCAGCAUCCCAGAUGGCUUCUGGUGGGCAGUGGUCACCAUGACAACAGUGGGCUAUGGGGACAUGUGCCCCAUCACCCCAGGAGGGAAGAUCGUGGGCACACUGUGUGCCAUCGCGGGGGUCCUCACCAUCGCCCUCCCUGUGCCCGUCAUUGUUUCCAAUUUCAACUAUUUCUAUCACCGGGAGACUGAGAAUGAGGAGAAACAGAGCAUCCCAGAAGAGAUCGACAAAAUCCUCCACACCAUGGGGUCAAGAAUAGGCAGCACAGACUCACUCAGUAAAACCAACGGCGGCUGCUCUGCAGAGAAGUCUGGGAAGUGA